UUUAUAAGCAUAUUGUAAAAAAAACUUCCUUCGUGCUAAACAAGGCGCAAAAAUAACAUAAAACUCAUUUCCCGCCUUUUUUCCAACCGUCAUUUUGUGGAUCGACGCCAUUUCCUUCAAUUCCUCCAUUCUUUCUCUGGCUGUCGUCGCUACGGGUUCGUUUUUUUUUUCGAAUAAUUAAAUUUAGCAAAGAUGUCUGGACGUGGAAAGGGUGGAAAAGCGAAGGCCAAGGCAAAGACUCGUUCUUCAAGGGCCGGACUACAAUUUCCCGUUGGAAGAAUUCACCGUCUGCUUAGGAAGGGAAACUAUGCUGAACGUGUGGGUGCUGGUGCUCCAGUCUACCUAGCAGCUGUGAUGGAAUACUUGGCUGCUGAAGUAUUGGAAUUGGCUGGAAAUGCCGCAAGGGACAACAAAAAGACCAGGAUCAUUCCUAGGCAUCUACAACUGGCCAUCAGGAAUGACGAGGAAUUGAAUAAACUCCUCUCUGGUGUUACAAUUGCUCAGGGUGGUGUACUGCCCAACAUUCAAGCAGUACUUCUGCCCAAGAAGACUGGAACCACCACCACUGGAGAAAACUUAACUAAAUCCACUGGCAUUUAUAGAUGCCCAGACAAUAUAAAGAAUUUCAAAAUCAAAAUAAAAAUUAAAAAAGAACCAAUAGAGACAAGAAACACCCAAAAACAAAAUUUCCAAGAGAAAGAAUUUUCAUGGCAAGAAAAGUAUUUGAGUAAAACACAAAAGGAAUUUUAUAGGGACGAAAGAAACUGUUAUACGGAUAGAGAAAGAGAAUUUCACAGAACCAUUCUUAAUGCAGAAACCUCGGAAGAAGACUGUGAGGAUUUAAUAUUUUCUUAUAUUAAUGAAGAAGGAACUUAUCUUGAAACUGAAAAUGAGGUUUCAGGUCACAUAAAUAAUUAUUUGAAAUCUGCGAUGGAUAAUCUUAAUCUUGAGUCUUCUAAAGAGGGAAUCAACGAGUACGAUUUUGAGAGAAGUCUUCAAACAUCAAUCGAAAAUCCAUUUUUAAAUAGGCAGGAAGAGAAAAUGUAUUUGAUGGCAGAUUUUGGCGACUAUUUUGGAGACACCUGGUUCAAAAACGAAAAACAACUGUGCACCGUAACAUACAAUCCGUACAGCAAAACUCUUCAAAUAUUCCCGGAUUUUACAACCACCCAUCCAUAUUUAAUAAAAAUCCACAACGACCAGGAAAAAGUUUUCACUUAUUUUAUAGAAAACAGUUCCAAUAAUAUGUCGGAAUCGAUCGAUGCUAACGAGAAAACUUUAAUUAAAAAAAUCCAAAAUUGUCAAUCUCAUCUGAAAAGUCAAUUAUUCGCGGACCCAUUUACAAUACCGCCGAUAAACAAGCUUUAUUUAUUUGUAUUUUUGGAAAUUUGUUCAGGAAAAUAUUUUGAACACCCUGAAAUUUAUGUUCAAUAUUCCAUUGAUUUGCCUGAAGCUUGGUCGAGUCCGAAAGCAGAUAUUUUGAAUGGAAGAACCAACAUUUGUACUGCUAAAGAUGAAAAAGGAUUAGUGCAUUUUGGGUUUUGUUUGGAAACAUUUCUGGAGUAUAAUUUGGGGAAUUUGAAGGAAGAAGAGAUUCCUAAAUCCCCGACAAUAUAUUUUGAAAUAAUGUCAAAAGAUUCUUGGGAUCGAUACAGGACCGAGGGUUUAUGCUAUUUAAACCUACCAAUUUCCCGAUCGGGAACUUUGAAAUAUGAUCUGAACUGUUUCCGAUUUACCACUAAAAGUCCUGCUGGCGAGAUGAAACGAUUUUUCAUCGGCGAUUAUCAGAAUUAUGGUGAUGUGAGGUGGAUUGGUGGUCUGGAUAAUCAUAUCAUUGGAGAACUUAAGGGAGAACUGGAUACAUUUCUAAAUAAGUAUGGAACAGAAACAGUAAGUACAGGAGAAUUGAAUGUGAGAAUUAACAUUGUACAUCAAUCGCAAGAAUUUUUGGAUAAUCGGCCUGAAGGUAGUAUUGAAAACACUAGGAGGAUGGUUUUUGAAAGAUUGGGCUCUUCUACACUUAUAAAAAGUGUAGAACAAGUAAUUCAGGAAUUUAAAAAGGCAAGGAAGGAGAUGCUGAAAGCAAAAAAAAAUGUUUAGAAUUUUUCCUAGUGCAUAAAUAUGCAUAAUUUAAAUAUGUAUAAAUAAACAUUUUACAGUUAGUUGAUGUGAAUUUUUUUUCAGGUUUAUUUCAUAACUCGAAAACUUAGUAAUAUUAAAAUAAAAU